CCCCCUCUCUCCCUCUCCCCCUCUCUCCGCCCAUCUCCCUUUAUUUCUUAUCAUUUUCUUUCCCUUCUCAUCCUCCCAGCUUUUCCUUUCUUUAAGCCCCUCGCCACCCUCCCAUAACACAAUUACAUAGCCAAAACCAGCAACACAGAAUUUAAGUUUGAGACCGUGUGUCUGGUUUCUCUGUGGUGAGGGUCUUCUCCCAUAUACACUAACACCACAGAAACAAUGUUCAUCGAGAGCUUUAAGGUUGACAGCCCGAAUGUUAAGUACACCGACGGCGAGAUCCAUUCGGUGUAUGGGUACGAGACCACGGAGCUCGUGCACGAGAGCCGGAAUGGCACCUACCAGUGGGUGGUCAAGCCCAAGACAGUCAAAUAUGAGUUCAAGACCGACACUCAUGUCCCCAAACUCGGGGUGAUGCUGGUGGGUUGGGGAGGAAACAAUGGUUCGACAUUGACCGCUGGUGUUAUUGCCAAUCGCGAAGGUAUUUCAUGGGCUACCAAAGACAAGGUGCAACAGGCAAACUACUUCGGGUCGCUGACCCAAGCCUCGGCCAUCCGGGUCGGAUCUUACAAUGGAGAGGAGAUCUAUGCUCCUUUCAAGAGCCUCCUCCCUAUGGUGAACCCGGAUGAGAUAGUGUUUGGUGGGUGGGACAUAAGUGACAUGAACUUGGCGGAUGCAAUGGCGAGGGCCAAGGUGCUGGAUAUUGAUCUGCAGAAGCAGCUGAGGCCGUACAUGGAGCACAUGGUCCCACUUCCCGGGAUCUACGACCCCGAUUUCAUCGCGGCCAAUCAGGGCUCACGCGCCAACAAUGUGAUCAAGGGAACCAAGAAGGAGCAGGUCCAACAGAUCAUCAAGGACAUCAAGGAGUUUAAGGAGGCAAACAAGGUGGAUAAGGUGGUGGUGCUAUGGACAGCCAACACUGAGAGGUACAGCAACGUGGUCGUCGGCCUCAACGACACGAUGGACAACCUCUUUUCCUCCUUGGACAGGAAUGAGCCCGAGAUCUCUCCUUCCACACUCUACGCCAUUGCUUGUGUGCUCGAGAAUGUCCCAUUUAUCAAUGGCAGCCCCCAGAACACCUUCGUUCCAGGACUUAUCGACUUGGCUAUUCAGAGAAACUGUCUGAUAGGAGGAGAUGACUUCAAGAGUGGGCAGACCAAGAUGAAAUCUGUCCUUGUGGAUUUCCUCGUCGGGGCUGGAAUCAAGCCUACAUCGAUUGUGAGCUACAACCAUCUUGGGAACAACGACGGAAUGAACCUCUCGGCUCCUCAGACUUUCCGGUCCAAGGAGAUUUCGAAGAGCAACGUGGUGGAUGACAUGGUGUCUAGUAACGGGAUCCUCUACGAGCCUGGGGAGCAUCCUGACCAUGUAGUUGUCAUUAAGUACGUGCCCUAUGUUGCAGACAGCAAGAGAGCGAUGGACGAGUACACAUCGGAGAUAUUCAUGGGAGGGAAGAACACAAUCGUCCUCCACAAUACAUGCGAAGAUUCCCUCUUGGCUGCACCCAUCAUCCUAGAUUUGGUCCUCCUUGCCGAGCUCAGUACUCGGAUCCAGCUCAAAGCUGAGGGCGAGGGGAAGUUCCAUACUUUCCACCCAGUAGCAACAAUCCUCAGUUACCUCACUAAGGCCCCACUUGUUCCACCGGGUACGCCAGUGGUGAAUGCACUAUCCAAGCAGCGGGCUAUGCUUGAGAACAUCCUGAGGGCUUGCAUCGGACUGGCUCCGGAGAACAACAUGAUAUUAGAGUACAAGUGAAUGUAGCCAAGCUGCAACGACUCUUCGACGGUAAAAACAUCUGGUUCAGUCCCUAUUUAUGCAACCAUGCUGAGAAGGAUGUAGAAAAAAAAUGAAAUGGCUGUUGUGUUAGUGCGAGUUUGCUUUUAUUUCUGAUGCUGUAACUAACAAGGCAAUAUUGUACGCUCAUGGAAUUGCACGAAAUCUAUUUUAUUUUUUUUUA